CUUUUCUCUUUCCUCGGCUGCUGGAGAGGCCGCCAAGAUGAACGACACGGUGACCAUCCGGACGAGGAAAUUCAUGACGAACAGGUUGCUGCAACGCAAGCAGAUGGUGAUUGAUGUUCUUCAUCCUGGAAAGGCCACCGUCCCCAAAACAGAAAUCCGUGAAAAGCUGGCCAAAAUGUACAAGACGACCCCAGAUGUCAUUUUCGUCUUUGGCUUCAGAACCCAUUUUGGUGGAGGCAAAACCACAGGCUUCGGCAUGAUCUACGAUUCCUUGGAUUAUGCAAAGAAGAAUGAACCAAAGCAUAGACUGGCCAGGCAUGGUUUGUACGAAAAGAAAAAGACCUCAAGGAAACAGCGCAAAGAGCGUAAGAAUAGGAUGAAGAAGGUCAGAGGAACUGCUAAAGCAAAUGUUGGGGCUGGUAAGAAGAAGGUAAUUCUGAGAUGCUCUGUAGUUUUUAGCUCUUCAAGUAGUUCAGUUUUGUGCACCUUGCUGCUACUGCCUAGAUAAUGUAACUGAAAAGAGGGAAAAGAUGUGUUUUCCACACUCAGCUUCUAAAGAUGACUUUAGUCUCUUUUUUUUCUCUUGCACUGCAACAGUUCUCCCCUUACCUUAUCCUGCCCUGUUUAUCUUUCAGAUUUGUACAUACUAAUGAUAAUUAAGUUGAUUUGAAAAUGAAUGUCCUUCAGUGAACUGUGUAACAGAAAAAGGCAGAAUAGUGGAGUUAAAAAUACUGAGUGGUUUCAAACUGAAUGCAACCUUUCAAUAACAGUACAGAAUGCAGGCGUAUUCUUAACAUAUGCAUGGUUUAAAAUGGGCUUUUAGGCACUUUAGUUCUUCUAGAAGUGGCAUAGUGGGAACUUUGCAUUCAAUGUGUAUGAAGUGCUUUUUCCUUUUGAUUAGUAGUAACCUUUACUCUCACUUUUCCUUCCUACUUUCUGGGAAUUCUUGUUGAUCAGAAAUGAAGUGUCUAGCAG